AUGGAUCAUCAUCAACAAUAUUUCUCUCCGCCACCGCACCACCAUGAUUCAGUCUCUGCCAACACCUGGCCUUCCGUCCUGCUCAUGGAAGCAGCCCAUGCCGUGGCAGAGAAGAACCACCACCGCCUGAAACACCUCAUGUGGCUGCUCAACGAACUCAGCUCCCCCUACGGUGAUACUAACCAGAAGCUUUCCGCUUAUUUCCUUCAGUCACUUUUCACCUGUAUCAUGGAUUCCGGUGACCGCUGUUACCAGAUUUUAUCAUCGGCGGCGGACAAAAUGUUAUCUUUCGAAUCCACCCGAAAUAUGGAGCUUAAAUUCCAAGAAGUCAGCCCUUGGACGACGUUCGGACACGUGGCAUGCAACGGAGCCAUUAUGGAGGCAUUCAACGGCAAGACCAAAUUGCAUAUAAUCGACGUCAGCACCACCUACUGCACCCAGUGGCCGACUUUUAUGGAUGCCAUCGCCACCGGCACCGACCAAACACCCCACCUCCGCCUUACCACAGUAAUCGCCGCCAAAUUUUGCGGCGCCGGAGUUCAGAAGGUCAUGAGAGAGAUCAGUCAUCGGAUGGAGAAAUUCGCUAGAUUAAUGGGCGUUCCAUUUAAAUUAAACGUCUUACACCACAGCGGCGAUUUGUCGGAAUUGAAUAUGAAGCGGUUAGACAUUCAAGACGACGAAGCUCUAGCCAUUAACUUGAACGGCACGUUCCGUUCCGUUUGCAGCCACCGUAGGGACCAUCUGCUAUCGAUGUUCCACGGCCUAAACCCUAAUAUCUUAACGAUCGUGGAAGAAGAAGCUGAUUUGAACAUGGGAUCAUUUAACGGGUUUGAAUUCCUGAAAGGGUUUCAAGAAUGUUUGAGAUGGUUUAGGGUUUACUUCGAGGCUCUUGACGAGAGUUUCCCGACAACGAGUAGCCAGAGAUUGAUGCUAGAAAGGUCAGCGGGGCGCGCGGUUAUGAACUUGGUUGCAUGCUCGCCGGAGGAAUCAGUGGAGAGGCGAGAGACGGCGGCUAAGUGGUCGAGCAGGCUGCACGCAUGUGGAUUUUCUCCUGUUCGUUGUCGCGACGAAGUGUCCGACGAUGUGGUGGCGCUGCUGAGGAGGUAUAGAGAGGGGUGGUCAACGAAUACGGCGGAAACGGUUGCCGGAAUAUUCUUGAGAUGGAAGGAAACGCCGGUGGUAUGGGCGAGUGCAUGGAAACCUAUUUGA